AUGGAAAAACAAGCAACUAAGAGCUAUGAGCGAGUGGUGCUAGUCCCCACUCCGGGCUUCUCCAUUACAGUGGCACACGCAAAAUUCAACUCUCUUAAUCCAUCUAACCAUCUUGAAUUCGUUUCCCUGCUCUUAUCGGACAACAUAUUUGAACGUGACUUCGGGAAUCUAUAUGAUGUUAUAGUGGUUGUUAACAACAACUGCAAGGUGCCACUCCAAGAAUACUUGGCUCAAAAGAUGGAGAAAGAGGAGCCACAUGAACAAGUCACCUGCAUCAUCUUCGAUUGGAUCAUGUACUUUGCUGAAUCUGUGGCUAAUAAUUUGAAAUUGCCAAGCAUCAUCUUGAACACUAGAUGUCCUUCAAAUUUUGUAGCUUACCAUGCAUUCUUCAGCUUGGCGCACAAGGUCACCUUCCUUUACAAGGAUCUACCCCUUACCAAAUUUUGUACCUUGGAAGAGGCACUAAAACUGAUUGCACAUGUAUGCAAUUUAAGAGCUUCUGCCAUCAUCUGGAACACUAUGGACUUUUUGGAGCACACAGAGCUUUCACAGCUUCAGAAACAUUAUCAAGUUCCAUCCUUCUCAAUAGGCCCUUUGCACAAAUUGGCUUCCCUCACAUCCACUAGCUUGGUAGAAGAGGACACCAAUGGCAUUCAAUGGAUGGACAAGCAAGCUCUUCGUUCAGUUAUUUAUGUAAGAUUGGGGAGCUUGGCAACCAUGGACAAAAAAGACCUAACCGAAAUAGCGUGGGGUCUAGCCAAUAGUGACAAAUCAUCCCUGUGGGUGGUUCGAUCUGACUCGAUUCCUGGAACAGAAUGGGUUGACAUAUUGCCGAAAGGUUUUGAAGAGGGAGUUGGAGAAAGAGGUUGCAUCAUUAAAUGGGCACCCCAAAAGGAGGUGUUGGCACAUUGUGCAGUGGGAGGUUUCUAG